AUGUCUACGAUCGCUUCCCCCCGCGAAGCGCCCACCCUCACCCGCCGCGUUUCGGCACAACCGCAUACCCCGACGUCCUCGACCAGACCCUCCCUCGAUGUCCCGCGCUCCCUCAAUAGCUCACCGAACCCAGGUUCAGCCGCGACAUUUGGAAAUGGCACCGGAGGACCGCCAGCCGCAGGACCCUCGAAGCGCGCGAAUCGGGCCGCCCUCCGCGAAUACUACAACCUCAAAAGGGCCGCCGGUGGUGCGCCUUCGCUCGAGGUGACUGAGGAGUCACCCGACCGCAGCGGCAUCGCAGAAUACUCAGAGGUCCCGCCUAGCGAGCUGGACAGCCCAUCCUUCGACGCCGAUGCGUACGUGCGGAAAGCGCUGGCGGAGAACACGCUCGACGAUUUGCUGCGGGUGUACACGCGAGUGCUGGGGGAGAUUCGAGCGCUGGACGCGGAGAAGAAGGCAUUGGUGUACGACAACUACUCGAAGCUUAUCUCGGCGACGGAGACAAUUCGCAAGGUGAGCAUUUAUUUCACACGAAUUUUACUGAACAAGGCGGGUUGCUAA